AUAUUCAAACCCAUAUACUCAAAUACAUAAUUCAUACAUAGACAUACAUAAUAUACAGACAAUAGACGGACAAGAUGCCCUGUUUCAAGCAGGAGAAGAGCCUUGAGUUCCGCUCUCGGCGGGAUACCACCAAUGAUAGGGAUCCGAUGGCGCCCAAGCCGGUGCGCCCUCGCGCCAUGCGAUACCACGGACUCUUCGGCAUGUCCAUUGCAGCCCAGCAUCUCAUUGUGGACGAGAAAUGGACGCCCAGCUCUAUAACCGAUCUCUAUGGCAACAUGGCCGAGCUGCUGAAGCGGCGCGUUAUCUACAAACGGCACGAGACCAGGGCCCAUCGCGCCCUGCUCCUGGUGGAGAACAAGCGCGUGAAAGCCGAGUGCGCUGAUGGACGCCUCAAGCUGCAGAAAAUCACGGUCGGCAACAAUGCGCACCAGAUCCGAAACUAUCUGAUUAUGCACAGAGAUAUGCAGCGGCUGUACCAGAGGAUGCCCAUUUAUCUGGUCGCCGACAACAUCAAUCAACGGACCUUCGUCAUGCGCAAGGAGCGCGAUCGUCUGGACGCUCGAUUGCAGCAGCUGAAGGAGAAAUAUCGAGUUUUAUUGAUGGAGAGGUCCAGAGCGAUUAAUAUGAUUAAGUACGAGAAUGAGUAUGUCCUGAAGGAGGAGCUGCAAUCGCGCGUGCUCCUCAAGAAGAUAGAGAACUCGAAUGUGCGCCUGAAUGCCAUCCGUACCAUUAAUACAACAUAUAAGAAAAUGCGCCAGGUUCUGCUGCAGGAUGAGAUUUUCUAUGAGCCGAUUCUGCGCUCUCUCGAUGGCGAUAUGGAGGACCAGGUGAACUUCAUCAAGCACAUACUCUAUCUGGGCAUGCCGGCCAUCGCCAAGUUCAAAGUCCUGAAUCGCGAGCUCUUGCAAUUGUCGGAGAAGGCUCGCAAGAAUCAACUAGCAAAGAUUCAGAUAUUGAACUCGCUGAAAAAGCCAAUUGUUAUUGGACCCCCACAGGUCGUAGUCAGAGAGAUACAGACCAAUAAUCCCAAGCGUUAUCUGCGCCUUACCGAGAGCAUGGCGAUUCUCAAAGCUGAGCUCCAGAAGAUUGAAAAUACAAUAAAAAAUCUUCGAUUGACCGUUUUAUGUUCGCAGGCUAAGGAGAUUUAUCCACGCAUUAAGACUCAAAUGGAAAACAAUGAAAAGCUAAAACGGGAACUCGCAAAAAAGAUGCAGGCCAAACAGACGCUCGAGCAAAAAUUGAAAUGCUCCACUCUGCUCUCGGAUGUACUAGUAAACAAUCUAUCCGAGGAAGAAAUUAAUCGUCUAGAGCGCAUUAGGGAGCUACGGCUGAUGAUGAAGAGUGACGAUGAGUUUGAGGAGCAAAGUAUCGCCCAUAUAAAAAGUCGAGCCGAUGCCUAUGUGCUAAUGCGAUGGACCGUUUGGAAUCUGUGGGAGAUCCUUCGUCAUGUAGAUCGCAAUCCUAAACUGUACAAAAGACAAUACCCAAAUGAAUGGUUGAAACUUCCACUUCUGAAAUUCGAGCUUUUUGAAAUGAGAGCCUUCCCCCCCGAACUUUUUGAGGAAGACGUCGAUUCAAUAAUGCACUACCUUAAGCGUAAGGUAUACAAACUAAUGCAGUCAUUCACUCCCGCCAUGGCAGCGGCUAUUCCCCAAAGUCGAGAGCGUUAUCAUCGCCUUUAUUUGGAGACAGUUGAGCCGGUUAGAGCGUUUGAUGAUGACCAGCAGGAUGGGCCAAAGAUUGAUGAUCUGUUGGAGGACAGGACCCUGGCCUCCAUACCGAAUCGCAAACAGAUCAAGGCACAGAGCGCCAGACUUAUAGAGGAGGUUUCCAGGCGGGACGAAUCGUAGCCGCUCGUUUUGGAUUGAUGUCUAUAAAUUUUCUAGUUUUUUACAUUUCCACAAAUAUAUUC